UCUUAAUGGAGUCUUCGGACAGCUCAGAUUUGUACGCUUGGGAUCAAGCCCUUAUUUUUGAAAUGCCCCAUAUGCAGAAUGGGUGGCAACAUGACAAUGGAAGUAACCAUACGAGAGGACAAGGAAAGAUACAGCAAGUUGAUGAUGAAGGAGGGCUUAGUACCACAGGCUUGAUAAUAGCCAUACUUGUGAUAGUCUUCCUUGUUGGUUUGAUUGCUGUAAUCAUCUGGCUUAAGAAAACUAGAGGGGGAAACUCUGAUUUUGAGUUAUAUAAUAGAAAAAUCACAUCUCAUAAUCAAGAAGAUAUCGAAGUAAAUUUUGAAGAUCAAAGAGAUAAAGGUAAUAGUAAAUCCUUAUUGAAACCUGGAGGUCAACGGUCCGACUAUGAUAAGGGGUGAGAUAAUAAAAGAAUAAACAAAGCUUUUGGUGCUGCAAAAGUAAGAGAAUAUGAGAAAAAAGUAGAUAAAAUAAAGAAAAAGAAAGAAAUUAUAAGUUCCAGAGAUAAUGAAAAUAAAUAUAUUUUAGAACCAUGUAAACCUUUAACGCCUCCGAUCGAAAUAGAAAAAGAUAAAAGUAUUAGUGUUGAAGACCAAGAUUCUCAUAAAAAUCUAAAAGGCUACAAACCCCAUAGAGCUAAGUCUCCUCUAAAAGACAACCAUCCUCCAAAGCACAACUCUUCUGCAAGCCCAUCCUCAGGCAAAUUUCCCUUGCCUUCCAAGCCCCUAAUGAAUCCCACUAUCAAAAGUCCCAAACCCAUUCCUCUACCAGAAAUGAGUAUCCCUCCUCAGAGCCAACUCCCUUGGAACAUAGACAAACCUGAUGCUGAAUUCAGAAGUAAUAUGGCCAGUAAAGAUAAGCAGGAAGAAUUCAAGAGGGAAGUCAAGGAAGAGGUACUUGAAAGAGUCGAAGAGCAGCAGAGGAAGCAGGAACAAGAAAAAGAGGAGGAAGAGAAAGACCGAGAGCAAGAGGAGGAAGAACAAGAGGAUGAGGAGAAGGAGGAUGAAGAGCAAAGAAGGAGAUAUGAAGAGCUGUUAGAGAAUGAGAGAAAUAAAUAAAUUGCAGGAAGAGGAAAGGAAGAGCCUAGUCAAGCAAUGAAAAGGGUUGAUGAGACAAAUAGAUGAGUAUAGCGGAGGGGUUGAUAAGUUUGCAGAUAUACGCAAUUAUCCUAAUAGAAAGCUUGAGAAGUUCAUUGAGAAAUUAGAAAAACGUCUUAAAGAAUACAAAUGAAAAGCAGAAAUUGAAGAAGAUUCAAAUGACCAGAACAUAUUUAUCAUUAAUCAGCAGGAAAAUUCCUUUUCCUUCAAGCCCUACAGGGAAAUAAAUUAUGAUUUAGAAGAUCUACAGAUUAUAGCUUCUUCAAAGUUCAAUUACUUUCAAAAUGAUAAACAAUGGAUUUUACCAGGGUCUGUACAUCUGAAAAAAUCACUAAUAAUGUUACGCUUUAAACUUGUCUGGCUGUGAUUUCGAGCCUUUAAGACUCAAUAGUUCCUCA